AUGGACACUUCAUUUAUUGGAAUAAUAAUUUCCUUUAUCGGUUCUUUUUUUGGAGCCCUCGGUGAUAAAUUCGUUCAUGAUAGUUAUAUAAAAGAAAAGAAUAUAAACACUGAGAUAUACAAAAAAAAACUGAUUUGGCUUCUGGGUAUUUUGUUAAGUGUUGUUAUAGAUCCUAUAUUUACCAUUAUUGCUUUAUAUUUUACUUCAGCUGCUUUAGUAACUCCUUUUGCUGGUGUACAUAUUUUAUGGAACUUAAUUAUAACAAAUGUAUCCUUAAAAAUAAAAACAAAGUUACAUCAAUAUAUGGGAAGUUUUUUUUUAAUAACUGGCAUAGCUUUAAUAAUUACUUUUUCUGAAAAAAAAGUAGAUAUACAUAAUAUGAAAGAUUUAAUAAAUUUGUAUAAACAAACAACAGUUAUUAUCUAUAUGAUUACAAUAUUUACAAUAAUUAUUAUUUUAUUAAUCAUGUGUAUUAUUCCUUUAUAUUUUCAAGAUAUAGCAAAUAUGAAAUAUCUCAAAAAAAUGAAUUUCCUAUAUUCCAAAAAAUUAAAUAUUAACAGACCAUCAUCAGCUCAUAUACCAGACAUUUCCUUCAUUCCAAAAAUAAAGCGAAGAACAAAAUCAAUGGACAAUAUUUUUAUUCGUAAUCACAUACUAAAUCAUCAUUAUAGUUUGACAUAUUCUUCUAAUGAUUUGAAAUGUAUCCACAGCAAUAAGCAGGAUCCAAAUAUUUGGAGCAAUUUUCUUAUACAUGAUGAUAAAAAUGAUGGCACUAUACAUCAUAAAAAUAAUACAUAUAAACAUUUACGUAAAUUAUUUCAAAAUGAUCACAGAAAAAAUUUACAAUCGCUCGUCAGAAAGAAUGCCGCACCUAUUAUUUAUAAAAUCGAAGACCAAAUAAGUAUCCUACCCAGACAUAAUAAUAAUAAAAAUAAUUAUUAUGAUGAUGAUAAUAAAAGUUGUAGUAGCAAAGCAGAAUGGUGUAUAUUACCUUUUAAUAAAAUCCUUAUUAUAAACAAUCAACAAAAAGAUACAGUACCUCCAAACUUGUUUACUAACCAUGAUACAUAUUCAAAAAAAACAAAAGUAUGUAAAGAUAACAUAUCUAAAUCAAAAGGUAGAAAAAAAAAAAAAAAAAAAAUUCCCAAAUGUUAUUCCAACAUUUUUAUCAACAAAAAAAAAAAUAAUAAAAGAAAUAUGCAAUCUAUGUAUGAACAGGAAUAUUCUAACACACCACCUAUUCUUAUGCCAAAGAAUACCAAUCUAAUAAGAAAAAAUAAAAUUUAUUUAACUCUUCAUAAAGAUAUACAUAAAAAUUCAAGAAAAAAAAAAACGAAAAAAAAAAGAUCUGUAGAUAAUUCUCCUCAAUCCUAUUUCAAUAAAUUGACUCGUGAAAAAAUUAUUAUCAAUAAUAAUAUAUAUGAUCACAACAUAUAUCCAUCAGCUAGCCAAAAAAAUCAUAUUCCUUUUUUAUUAUUAUCUCAAAAAAAUUGCACAUUUUUAAAUAAUCUUACAAAUAAUAAAAAUAUAAAAGACAUAAUAAAUAAAAGAAAUAAGGAAUUUUUUUUGUUUAAUAAUACAAAUGAUAAUAUUAAUAAAAAGGAUAAUGAAAUAAUUGAUAUUAUACAUGAAGAAAAUAUACUCAUUUUUGAAAAGAACAAUUUUAAUCACCUGAACGAUUCAUGUGAAAGUAUACAUGUUCAGGAAAAAGCUAUAAACGAAGUGGGAAAAAAAAAAAAAAAAAAAUCAAUCAACAAUAAAAUAAAUAUGGAAAACUUAAAUAUUGAUGAUAACAAUGAAAAUAAUGAUAAUAUGGUAGGCAUUGAAAAAUAUAGUGGAGAAGAAAAAAUAUAUAAACGUUACAUUUAUUACAACAGUAGUUAUAUUAAUAAUCACAUUAGUUGUUAUGGAAAGAAGGAGGCGAAAUUUCCUUUACUAGCCAAAAUUCCACAAAGACAUAAUACAUUAUCGAAUUUAGAAAAUGGUUUUAUUUCCAGUACUAUUAGUAGUAAUAGAGGAAUUAUUGAGAGUGUUAGUAGUAAUGAUGAAAGUAUAGGAAGUUAUAAAUUAAACAAUACCCAUAAUAAGAAUAAUAAUAAUAAUAAUAAUAAUAAUAAUAAUAGUAGUAGUAGUAGUAAUAGUUGUUGUAGUAAUAGUUGUUGUAGUAAUAGUUGUUGUAGUAAUAGUCGUUGUAGUAAUAGUUGUUGUAGUAAUAGUUGUUGUAAUAAUAGUUGUUGUAAUAAUAGUUGUUGUAAUAAUAGUUGUUGUAAUAGUUAUAAAUAUUAUAAUAAUUAUUAUUAUAAUUACAAAUAUGUUUAUAAGAUAUGUCAAAAUAAUAAUCAAAUACAAUAUUUAUCUCUUAUUACUGCAAUAUAUUUAGUACCAUCAAAAUAUAAAAGAAUAAAUACAAACACAAUUUAUUAUCGAAUUUUUUGUUGUACUUUAUGUGGAAUGUCAGGAGGAUUUGUUAAUAUAUUUUCUGAACAAAUAAUAAGUGUAUUACCAAAUGAAAAGUUUCAUAUGUUUGAAUAUUUCUUUUCAUAUAUUUUAAUAUUUUUAACAUUAUUUUGCUUAUCUAAUCAACUAAUUUUUUUAAAUGUAUCAUUAUCUCACUUUACUGUAACAUCCGUUAUACCUUUGAUUAUGUCCAAUAUAGUUUUCUUUAGUAGCUUAACAACUAUCAUUAUUCAAUUGAAGGAAUCCAAAAUUAAAACAUUAAAUGCCUUACUAUUUUCUUUAGGUGUUUUUCUUGUUAUUCUUGGAAUAUUAUAUAUGCAGUAUAAUAUAAAUAAAAUAUUAGGUAAAUAUUUAAAGAAAAAAAAAAGCAAAUGA